AUGAGCGACGUGGGGAGCGGACUCUGAGCGCCCUGCCGGGCUGCUGGGGCAGCACGACCCCGGCACCGGCCCGGGCGGCGCAGGCGCCCCGCCAGGUGUCGGCCACCUCCCGGCUCGGCAGCCUCAUCCGGAGCAUCACGGCGCUCACGCUCCAAGCACGAAGAAGAAAAAUUGAUCCAGCAGGAACUAACCAGUUUGAAAGCAACAGUUUCAGCCCCCACCACAACACUUAAACUGAUGAAAGAAUGUAUGGUGAGACUCAUCUACUGUGAAAUGCUGGGGUACGAGUCUUCCUUUGGAUAUAUCCAUGCAAUCAAGCUUGCACAGCAAGGAAAUCUUUUGGAGAAGAGAGUUGGCUACUUGGCAGUUUCUCUAUUUCUACAUGAAAAUCACGAACUGCUGCUUCUACUUGUGAACACAGUUGUGAAGGACUUACAGAGCACUAAUCUAGUAGAGGUCUGCAUGGCAUUAACUGUUGUCAGCCAGAUCUUUCCACGGGAAAUGAUUCCAGCUGUUCUUCCCCUAAUAGAAGACAAGCUCCAGCACUCUAAGGAAAUUAUCCGAAGAAAAGCUGUUCAGGCUUUAUAUAAAUUCUAUCUCAUCGCUCCUAACCAAGUUCAGCACAUCCACGAUAAGUUCCGGAAAGCCUUAUGUGACAGGGAUGCUGGAGUCAUGGCUGCUUCUCUGCAUAUUUAUCUGCAAAUGAUUAAGGAAAACUCAUCUGGAUACAAGGACUUGACUGGGAGUUUUGUAACCAUCCUAAAGCAGGUAGUGGGAGGAAAGCUCUCUUCUGACUUCAACUAUCACAGUGUGCCAGCACCAUGGUUACAAAUUCAGCUUUUAAGAAUAUUGGGGCUGUUAGGAAAAGAUGAUCCAAGGACAAGUGAAUUGAUGUAUGAUGUUCUAGAUGAAUCUUUAAGAAGAGCAGAGAUAAAUCAUAAUAUUACAUAUGCCAUCUUAUUUGAAUGUGUCCAAACAAUUUAUACAAUUUAUCCCAAAUCUGAACUACUUGAAAAAGCUGCCAAGUGCAUUGGAAAAUUUGUUUUGUCACCCAAAAUUAAUUUGAAGUACUUAGGUUUAAAGGCUCUGACCUAUGUUAUCCAGCAGGAUCCUAAUCUGGCCCUUCAGCACCAGAUGACAAUAAUUGAAUGUCUGGACCAUCCAGAUCCCAUUAUUAAAAGGGAGACUUUAGAGCUUCUCUAUAGGAUUACAAAUGGACAGAAUGUCAUUGUCAUAGUUCAAAAGAUGCUUGACUACUUAAAAGAAAGUAAAGAAGAAUAUGCUAUCAUCAACCUAGUUGCCAAAGUAGCAGAACUAGCUGAGAAGUAUGCUCCUAACAACGAGUGGUUCAUCCAGACCAUGAAUGCUGUGUUUUCAGUCGGAGGUGAUGUUGUGCAUCCUGACAUCCCAAACAACUUUCUGAGGCUGUUGGCUGAAGGAUUUGAUGAUGGAAAGGAGGAUCAUCAGCUACGGAUGUAUGCAGUGCAGUCUUAUUUAUCAUUACUUGGAGAGGAAGAUACAUUGUAUCCACAGAAAUUCCUUCAAGUUAUGAGUUGGGUGUUGGGAGAAUAUUUCAGUCUUGUUACAGAUGUUGAUCCAGAAGUUAUUUUGACAAAACUACACAGCCUGCUGAAGAAGACUUAUGUUACUUCUGAAACUAAAGCGUGGAUAAUGGCUGCAGUCACCAAGAUAGCAUCACAUACCUCCUGUUCAGAAACAGUUGACAAACUCAUCCAAGAAUUUAGCAGCUCUCUAGAUACCUGCAUAAGACAAUAUGCCUUUGAAUUGAAACAUCUCUGUGAAGACAAAGCACUGAUGAAGAAUUUGCUUCCAUUUGAUGCUAGUUGCAAUGAUAUGGUGGUAGAUGCUUCCUUAUCUUUUCUGGAUGGGUUUGUGGCCGAAGGACUUGGUCGUGGGGCAGCACCAUAUAAACCUCAUCACCAGAGGCAAGAGGAGAAACUUUCUCAGGAGAAAGCUCUGAAUUUUGAACCUUAUGGAUUGUCCUUUGCUUCAAGUGUGUCCUCAUCUGGUGUCACCGGCAGACAGUCCCCCACUGGUUUAUCUUUUGGUUCUGAUACAUCUGGUAAUAGUGCUGAGACAGGGCACAAAGAGACAAAUACUCUGAAACUUGAGGGAGUACGUAAGCUGUGGGGAAAAGAAGGUUAUCUUCCAAAGAAAGAAAAAGUAGGGAAAGAAAAUGAGCCACAAACAGUUUCUUGUGGCAGCUUAUUAGCAGGACAGGCAGGUGACCCUCCUGUGUUGAGGUCUGAUCAAGGUGCCAGCCUCACUGAGGAAGACAAAGAGAAGCAGCAGUUAGCAUCAACUUUAUUUGUUGGGCUGGGAUCAAGUGCUGGUGUCAGUCUGAUGGGGAAAGUGGACACAGCUACCCAAAAGUUCAAAAGGAAAUCAAAGAUAAAUGAAACUCAACAUAGUGAGGAGGCAUCAGACUUCAAAAGUAGUGCUGCUUCAGAUUUUGGUCCCUUACUUGAUACAGUACCUAUUAACACAGAAGACUCUGAGGAAAGUACACACACAAGGUUAAGGAAAGCCUCCCUGUGCUCUUCAGAUAUUGUAGAAGAUAAUUUAGCAUUUGAAACACCUCAAUCCCUUAAAAAAUCUGUGCUGGAUGACAGACUUUCAGAUAAUAGGGUGUCACAGUCAUCUUUGUUUGCUGAUAGUAAUAUUGAAAUUUUUCAGCCUUCUCCAAGUGCUCAAUGUGAAAGUGCCAGUGAAACACCAUUGGUUCCUUCCUUACCAGAAGAACUUGAAGAGCUUCCUCACUCUGAGGUACUAGAACUUCAUCAGAGUGAUGCCUUAGCUCUGUAUUUAUGUAAGGUGUGGACAGAUGACUCUCUGUUGCUCACUGUCUUAGUUUCCAAUAAAACCACUUCUGCACUUAAUGCUGUGAACUUAGUGUUUGAAGAAACAGAACACUUUCAGAUUUUGGAGAGUCCCACCCACCAGUUUCCUGUAAUUGAAGCUCAAAGUUUGGAACAUUGCCAGAAAUGUGUGAGGAUGAACAAAAUCUGUACCCAGGGAAUUCUUUCUGGCUCUGUUAGUUACCAGUCAGAGAUGGAAACUCGCCUUGAAUUUUCAGUAACUUUGUCACUGAUGGACUUCAUCAGGCCAAUGGAAAUGACUACAGAAGACUUUGGAAAGCUGUGGUUGUCCCUUUCCAAUGAUGUGAAACAGAAUAUAAAAAUGUCGUCUUCCCAAGAUUCCCUUUCAGCAGCCUUGAACACACUGCAACAGAAGCUGAAACUCCAUGUAGUUGACAUUAUAGGUAAUGAGGGAAUACUGGCAUGCCAGCUGCUUCCAUCUGUGCCCUGCCUGCUGCACUGCCGUACUCACUCAGGGAUGUUGGCUGUGUGGUUCAGAUCACCUUGUGCUGCCCUUCCAGAUGGUUUGCUCUAUCAGUGUCAAAAGGUGAUGGGGGAAUCCUAAUAACAAUAGUGCCUGCCUUAACCUGUUUGGGGUGUGAAAAGAUUUAUACAGUUGCACAGAUAAUUACCAAAGCUAAAUUAAGAUACUGCUUCUUGGAGUAUUAGAAGUUUUCUUCCAGCUGGCAUAUGUCAUGUGGACUUGUGGGGAAAGAGCAAUGACCUAAAUUACGCCUGCAAAAACAUGCUCAGGACUGUACAGUACAUUAAAGUAUUGUAACUUGUUUCAGUGAAAUGUAUAUUUCUUAAUUUUGUUGUAAAUGAUGGAAAGUAUUUAUUUUUAUUAUGCAGCUUUUAUAGAUGCCAAUGAUUACUUCUCAUGGCAACUACUUAAAUAUGAUUUAAAGGAAAACAUAUUUCCAUUAUAGGGUCAGACUCGAUCAGUUAUCAGGAUCAUCUAAUUUUAUUUUGGUAAUUUUUCUAAAGCUAUUUUUAAGCACUGUUGGCAACAAGACCCAUACUGGUGGUUGUAUAAAGUAACUUAUGUAGCAACAAAUGCACAGUUUUAAAACAGUUAAAAGAUUCUAGGGAACAAAACACUUCCCAUGAUCUUUGAUAUUUACCAUGGAAGUGGUAACAUCUAAACAGUUUUUGAUAGGAGUCAAGCAUGUGAGAUCCCAUGGAAGCACCUCCUGGGGGAUGAUCUAAGGCCCCUCAGGUUAGUCCCUGUCUGCAGUUCUUCCUGCCUCAUGUUUCAGUUGUGUUCCCUUUCCAUAGGGGUCUGUGACAGUCACUGAGUAUUUGUGCAUCUCUAAAGCAAAGUUUGAUGUGGAUCAAGCCUGAGGUGACUGAGCUGGGGGUACUUGACUGUGGACAUGUUGACCUUGGUUGUCAACAUGGGUAGUGAAACAUGUUCAUUGCUGUCCAGUCAACCCUAUAAACUUAAUCUGGCCAAUAUCUCUGUCCAUGAAAAAUUCACAUGGGGAAAACUUUCAUUUAUUUUUUCUUCUAAUUAUUUAUAAGCUCAGUAUGACUCCUCAAACCUUUGACUUGCACAGAUGUUGUGCGUGCACUGCUAGGAACUGCAGCAAGGCAUGAGAGAUUAAAUCAGAGCAGUAUACAUGGAAACUGUGGCUGAGGAGGUUUUCUCUUCCUGAAAUAACCUCACAGUCUUGAAAAUCCAGCAAUCUUAAUUUAUUUAAAUGCUAAAUGAAAACUAGU